AUAAUCUGUGGUUAUACGGUGAACUGCUUAAAUCAUAUACUAAUAUGAUCUAAGGUGAACUGACUUCAAAAUUCUGUAUUUCUGUUCAGUGCUUGGGGAUAGUCGGCUAUCUAUUUUUUUUAUAGUUGUUUAUCUAUGUAUAUGGCCACUGAUAACUAUAGGAAGAUAACAUAAUGUAAAAUAUAAACUGAUUACAGUCCAUAGAUAAAUAGAUCUUUCCUUUAUCUAUGAUUACGGUCCGGCUCCGGCACUUAGGUCUCUGGCGUCUACAUCAGUUGAUCGGUCUGUUGUCUAAUAUUUUUUAGUUUUUUUUAUGCGUGUAGCAUGAUCGAGACAUAAUAAUUGUUUAAAUUAAUUAAGUAUUAAGCAAUACUAUCUUGUAACUGUGACGAUAAUAUUUUAUCGAACGUUCAUCUUACACUUUACCGACUUUAAUAAAUUGUUGGUCAACUCAUUUUCCUUCUACCGAGGUCUACGAACUUGAUCAAAUAAAAAUGGCAACAUUGGACUUGGAUGAAGAAUUACUCAAAGAUGAAGAGUUAGUAGCAAGUAUUCAAAAUUUGGACCAUUCAAUUGUAGAUAUUGAAACAUUACUUGAAUCACGAAUGGAUAUAGAUUACAACUCUCUGUCAGUGGAAGAAAAAAUUAAGCAUGAUCUACUAAUUGCAUUUGCAUUGAAUAGCUUAUAUUGGGUUUACUUGCGAUUGGAUGGUGUUGAUCCAACUUCCCAUAAUAUAAAACGAGAAUUGGAUCGUGUAAAAUCUACUGUGGAUAUGGCUAAAGGUGCCAUGGCCAAAAAAAAUAUGCUAAGAGUUGAUAAAAAAGCUGCCGAAAGAUUUAUUGAUCAUGCUCUUUGGACACCAGAAGAUAAGAAACGAAGGUCUCAACCUAUAGAAAAACCAAAUAAAAAAAUAAAAUUCGAUGAAAAUGGUGACCCAUCAAAGUAAAAUUAUUUUAAAGAACUCUUUA